AUGCAGGUCUGCUGGUUAGUUCUAGCCCUUUUGGUGCUCUGCAUCAACGGAUUUACUUGGGGAAAUGGGAGGCGUGGCCGGGCUGACAACCCAUCCGAGCUAUCGUCGAGCUCCCGCCUCCCCAACAUUUAUGCCGUUGCGCUCAGCGAGCUUCAGGAACUAGAGUUGGAACCCCUCUGCCACCGUGUGGCGGCGCGGCUUUUGGUGAACAACUGCGAACUAGUGGACGGCAAGGACGAAGCGACAAUCCUCACCGACAGCGGACGCAAGGUGCGCGACUUUGUCGAUUCGUACGCAGCUAGUCUGGCCAUCUGCGACCUUGAGAGAGGAAACUUCGCGAUUCCAGCGGAGUGCGCAAAGUUCCGGGAGCCGUCGCUCAGUCAAAUCGCCAUCAGGAACGAACCUCUGCUGCAUGCCGCGAGGGCGGACCAUGAGAAAGCAAAAAACAUUUUGCUUUACCAGCGACUGACACGGGUUAUCGCUCAGCUUACCGAUAGUGUCGAAGCUGAGCUACAGCAGCGGAUCAAUGACCUCGACAACCGCGCCCGCCAGUCAGUGGAGAGACUCGAGCAGCUCACGCCACAAAUCGGGCGGUUGAGUGAAGGACUGGCAAAAGUGGAAAGGUAUCUCUCGGAAAACUUGGAUCUAGCACUAAGACAGUCCUCGAAAUCCAUCAGCGAAGGACUCCAACACGCCGACAACCUGCAGCAGCUGUUGAGCAUCUUGCUUGCAAAUGUUCUGGAGAGCAAUUCUCAACUAGCCUUCGCGCAUGAGGAAUCUCUACAGCGCGUGUCGCAGAGAGUUAACGACGACAUGGGGGCUCUGGUAGCUGUGAUGUCCACAACCAUGGCGUCCUCCAGUUCUCUUCAGAAGCAGAUAGCUACCGUGCUCGCCCAACGGCAGGAAACCCUCCAGCACGGCAUGAACCGGUUGGCUAUAGCAACUGAGACGUUGUCCGAACAGCUUGAAGACCACUCGAGUAUGCUUAAGCAAGUAAACAACAUCACCGCCGAUAUUCUCGAUACCCUGGAAGAAACUGCCGUCGUGGCAUCUUCGGCGAACGAAUCCCUUAGCCGCGCCACGACUCUUAGUUGGUGGCCUUUCGUUAUCUUUCCCACAGCUUCUCUUGUCCUGGGGUCAUACGGGCUUCAACCAUCGAUCCUUCGAAAUCUCGUUUUGUUGGCGCUAGGCGGGCUAGUCGGCUUCAUGGUCUCGUCUUACGAUCAACUCACGACCCAAUUAGUUGCCGCUUUGGAAGCUACGGCAGACAUCACAGAAUCUUCAAUCUGA